ACCUGCAAGUUCAAACCCUUUGUUAGAGCCCUCCCCGGUUGAGCAAUGCGCCUGACUCACCAGCUGAGUGGAUAUUUCGAGCUGACCUUGCCCGGUCCGGGAGCCAGUUCCCAGACGUGACUGAUUGCGCACGCAGUGGAAAAGGUCACCUAGACCCCACUCCACUCGGCGGGAGAGCGGGAGCCUGUCCCGGGCAGGGCAGGCGGACAGGAGGAGGGACAUGGAUGGAUGUUGAAGCGCGGGGCGACAGCAUCUGAGAGCGCCGGGGACGGCGGCACUGCGAGGGCGCGUCUCCCAUGCAGCUGAGGAAGAUGCAGGCCGUCAAGAAGGAGCAGGCCUCGCUGGACCCCGGCUGCAGCGCGGACAAGGUGGUGGUGCUCAGUUCGGCCUUAACUGACGUCUCCGAAGACUUGUCCACAGGAGAGGAGCUGCUUCUGGGUGAAGGGAGUGUGGGGAAAGGCAAGGCCUCCGCGUGCCGGCGGAAGCGGGAGUUCAUCCCCGAUGAAAAGAAAGACGCCAUGUAUUGGGAGAAAAGGCGCAAGAACAACGAGGCUGCCAAGAGGUCCCGGGAGAAGCGCCGGCUGAAUGACCUCGUGCUGGAGAACAAACUAAUUGCACUGGGAGAAGAAAACGCCACUUUGAAAGCUGAACUGCUUUCCCUAAAAUUGAAGUUUGGUUUAAUCAGCUCCACAGCAUAUGCCCAAGAGAUCCAGAAGCUCAGGAACUCCGCGGCCGUGUACUUCCAAGACUACCCGGCCGCGCCCGGCGGGGGCUUCGCGGACGAGCCGGCGGCCAGCAGCUGCAUCUCGGUCAUCAGGCACUCGCCGCAGGGCGCGCGGGCCGAGGGCGCCGAGGGCUCCCUGGAGCCGGCGCGGGAGGGCGCCGUGCGGAGCCAGAGCGGCUGCCCGAGUCCUGCCGGCAAGCUGCAGGCCAUCAAGCAGGAGCCGGUGGAACUGGAGGGCUAUGCCCGAGAGCCCCGGGACGACCCCGGCGCCUACCGGGCGGCCGUGUAUCAGAACUACGUGGGCAGCUCUUUCCCUGCCUACUCACACUCCCCGCCUCUCCUGCCGGCCAGCCGGUCCUCCAGCAACUCCCCGAGGACGUCGGAAACUGAUGAUGGUGCCGUGGGAAAGUCCUCGGACGGAGAAGAUGAGCAGCAGGUUCCCAAAGGCCCGAUCCACUCGCCCCUCGAGCUGCAGCAUGGACAUGCCACGGUGGUUAAAGUCCCGGAAGCGAACUCCUCUGCUUUGCCACACAAGCUCCGCAUUAAAGCCAAAGCCAUGCAGAUCAAAGUCGAGGCGCUCGACACUGACUUCGAGGCCACUCACAAACUUCCCUCGCCCGUUGGCGCGACGGCCACGAGGCAUUUCGGGCUGGAGAAGCCCGGGGCCCCAAGUGCGGGCCAUGCCCCCCUCACGCCUUUUUCAGUGCAAGUGACUAACAUCCAAGACUGGUCUCUCCGGUCGGAACACUGGCAUCAGAAAGAACUGAUGGGCAAAACUCAGAACAGUUUCAAGACGGGAGUUGCUGAAAUGAAAGACAAUGGCUACAAAGUGUGCGACCCAGAGAGCUUGUUUUUGAAGCAGGGCCUAGCAAACCUAUCUGCAGAGGUGGUCUCGCUGAAGAGACUUACAGCCACACACCAGAUCUCUGCUUCCGACUCGGGGUGAAUUACUACUGACCAGCCUCUCCCGGGAGGCGUCCCUGGCCGCCAUGCGUGCGUUCUGUAUCAGGCUGUUCACUGGACCUGUGAUGUCAUUUCACUGUACUGUCCACACGUUGUCUGUCAGGUCUCUUUUUCUGCACAAAUUAUUAUGAAGAUUAGAUUGUGUUAUCACCCUGCCUUGUGUAUAGUCAGAUAGUCCAUGAAAAGACUGUAUAUACUGAACAUUAUUUUUUUUGUUCUAUUAGAAAGUGUGGAAGUUACCAGUUUCAAUAAAGGAUUGGUGACAAACACAGAAUUUCUGCUCCAUUGCACUUGAUUUGAGGGUAAAGAAAAACCAUUUAGAUAUUAAGUAUUCUGCAUUUUACUUAUUUAGGGGUGCUUCCCCCCUGAGUAAGGGAAAACUGAAGUGUAAGUUCAGCAAAUAAUUUGUUUUUCUUCUAAUUUGGCCCCGGCUAUAAAUGAAAAUCAAAGAGAGGGGGAAAGUAACAAUGAGUUUUGUUGCAUUUGAGACUACUUUGCUAGUUUGCUCCCCAUUAUCUGUUUUUCUUUAAAGCUAAGUUUUCUUCAUAUUUUUUUAACUAGAAAAAUCCAAUAUUUUUGGCAUCAGCUUGUCUUUAGUCAUCUCUCUUUAAGUAUGACACAUGGGUGUGAAUAGUUGAGUCACUGACCCACUUUAUUAAUUAGAGGUUUUUUAAAAGGGUGAAUAAAGACUAGGGAUGAAGUCAUUUUUAAAAUGUUAUUGUAAAUCUUAACAGUUCUAGAGUAGUCAUCUAGGGUAGUAACCUAAUGAGAUUGUUUUUAUUUAGUUUCCAAAAUUUCAAAGAACAUAUCAGUUAUCACAUUUCGGCAUACACGGUCUGAGUCUAUGUAAUGACUUGUGUUUUUUAUGAUUUGUCAAUGAAUAUAAAUAAUAUUUCUAGUUCAGAACUCUUUAUAAUGCACAAGCCCAGAAGAAAGCCUCCUCCUGAGUAAGUGGAUGAGAAGACCGACCAUCAUGGUGAUUUGUCGGUGCUGUCAGGCACAGGCUGCGUGUUGUCCGGCAGCCCUGGCGCCGGCGCGGCGGGUGUGGGUGCUGUUGGUCAGGCACAGCGGCGUCCAUAGCUCCGCCCUCAGAACUGUCUCUUCCCCACCGACCUCUCUCCUCCAGACGUCGGUCAAGGGGCUUGAGGCGUCACAGAGCGGGUGCGCGGCGGCCAGCCCUCGCUGCCACCUGUACCUCGGGCCCUCCCGAAGAGCCCAGGCGCAGCACUUCGUUUGAAGGGUCUGCAGUGUUGGCACGGCUCCACUCGCGUAAGAGCCUGGUUUUUAUGUUAAACUCCUGCACUUUCAUGUUUUAAGAAAGUAGUCCUUUGACGGAAAGGCAGUGCCAGCUACACACGUGCCAUCCACUUUGUCCUGCUGGCCACAAUGACCACUUUUCUCUCUGAAAUCUCCUGGCUCUGAGAGAAGUGAGUUCCUGGCCUUGGCCUCGGCCUUCUCUCUCAGUAUUUUAUUAGUGACUGGGUGGGGCCCAGAGGCAAACCCAUCUCUUGCCAAUGUUGCAAAGCACAGGGGGGCUUAGAUAUUGGAUGGGAAUCAGAACCCAAAAGCAUUUAACCGUCUGGAAUGGAUGGAGUGACUAACAACAUGAGUUAUAAUAGGGAUCCAGUGGAAAGUUAGGUUUCUAUGUUAAAUGAAAAAAAUGUAGGUCCCUGCACACGCAGCCUGGCAUGGGGUGCUGCUACAGGACUCGGACCAGGACCGAGAGGAGCGGAAGCUGCUGCUGGACCCGCCUAGACCCCCCGGCCCCCACCAAAGCCCUCCAUGGAGCUGAGCCCACUGCACAGCCUUCUGCUCGCACAGAUGCGCAGGUCCUGCUCUCCACUCUCGCCAGGACAGCCAGCAGCAUCGCCGCCGCGUCCGCCGCCGAUUCCCAGGGCAUGGAGCAGCGUGGGUGCCUGGGCCGGGUAGGUCUGCACUGUCACUGGGAAGGCGUGAGGGUGACCACUAGGGCCUCGGAGGGCCUUUCCCACUCGUUCCCGUGGCCUCGCUCCUGGCCCUCUCCCUGACUUGGUGCUCACAGGCACCUCACGAGGGUUUGUGACCAGUGUCCGGGGAGCUUGAAUUUGAAUGAAUUGGUUUGUAUUUCUAGCACCCUGGGUUUUUACAUGUUUGGUGUUUGGUUGUUUUUUUUUUGGGGGGGGGCGGUAUCUCCCUUGAUAAAGGAAAUGUAUUAAAUUUAAAAAAUUUAGAGGCUGGCUAAGUUCACAGUCGGGGAAAAACAGUAAGAUAACUAGGCAUAUGGAGGGGCUUCAGUUCCCUGCAGCUUGCGCAUCACGCCCAGUGGCACGUUGGCUAUGGCAACACAGACAGCGUCCAGACACGAAGGCAGCGUCCUGCCCGCGGCCCAGAGGCGCAGCAGCCGGCGCUCAAUGCACCCUGUGAAAGAGAACGUGUUACGAAAACUUGAUAAAUUUCCCCCAAGAGGGAUGACCCUUCUUCUCUGAGGUCCUGGGAGGGGGGAAGGACAGGCGGACUGGCCGAACGGCAGGGCCGAGCUCUGUGGGAGGAGGGUGGCGGGCAGUGUGGCCGCAGCCGGAAGGCGUCUUCUGAGCAGCUGCUGGGAGCGCUGCCUAGUGAGCGUGUCCCCCGAUGCCCUCUCCUUAGUCAGUUUUACUAUGAUUUCAAGAAUCUAAGAUGUGGUUGGGAUGAUGUUCAAAACGUUACACCUUAAAAAUAAAUGGAUGUCCAGCCA